AUGGUUGCCGUUACUCGUACCGCUGCUGCCGGCAUUGCCGUCCUGAGCGCCAUCCACGGUGCCGCCGCUUUCACCGAGACCCGAGACGUCUUUGACGACGUUGCCGCCCUUGACGCCAGAGACGUUCUCAACGAGGGUGGCGAGCCCCUCGCCCUCGACGCUCGUGACUUUGAAGAUGAGCUCUCCUACGAGACUCGUGACAUUGACAACACCCUCGAGGAGCGCUUCUUCCUCACCAAGGCCAUCGGAAAGGUUGCCAAGAUCGGCAUGAAGGCCGUCGGCGCCCUCAGCCACCGAAAGCACAAGCGAUCUCUGGAUGACAGCGAGGACUUCCUCGACACCAGAUCCAUCGAGGAUGACUUCGUAGCCUUCGACACCCGUGACCUCGGCGACGACUUCCCCCUCGAGGCCCGCGCCAUCCUCGACGGCUCCCACCCCGACCUGGUGGUCGUGAACAAGCGCUUCCUCAAGAAGGCCUUUGGCUUCGCCAAGAAGCUCCUCUUCCGAUCCCUCGAUGACGACGAGUCCGGUCUCGAGGCCCGUGACAUCGACGACAACACUGUCACCUUUGACACCCGCGACCUCGGCGACGAUGUCCCUCUUGAGGCUCGUGCCAUCCUCGAGGGCUCCCACCCCGACGUGGUUGUCGUCAACAAGCGCUUCCUGAAGAAGGCCUUUGGCUUCGCCAAGAAGCUGCUCUUCCGCUCCCUCGACGAGGAGGACGCCUUCCUCGAGGCCCGUGACUUCGACGACUACGAGGUCUCCUUCGAGGCUCGCGACGAGGACGAGGCCGCCGCCGAGGGCCCAUCCGGCGGCGACGACUCACCAUCCCCCCGACCCAAGAAGAGCGGCCUCAAGAAGGGCAAGCUCGGCAAGAAGCUCAAGGGCCUCAAGAAGAGCAAGUUCGGCAAGAAGGCCGGCUCCAAGAAGAGCAAGAAGCACGGCAAGAAGGGUCCCAAGUCCGGCAAGAAGCACGGCAAGAAGGCCCGCAAGUCCAAGAAGGGCACCCGAUCCGUCGACGGCGGCGAGUUCUACGAGGCGUAA